GAAUAAUUAUUUCCCCACUUUUGUUUGUUUUCCUUCGCUUUUGUUCCGCCACUAUCUUUUUUCCAUAUAUCUUAUCGCGUACACUUUUCCCCAUUUUCACUCCACUGAACAUUUUCUAAUUGAGCUAAUUUUAUCUUUUCCGUUAAAAAUCCCCCACGCUUGCGCCUAAUUGCCUGUUUUCCCCCCAUUACUUGCAAAACAUAUCUAUAAAUCACUUUGCAUACUUUUUCAUUCACUUUCCCUUCAAAAAAUUGCACUUGUUUUUUGUUGUUUUCCGCCAUCAAACAAUUGUUUCCUUCAAUUCGAUAUUUUUAGAAGUCAAAAAUCCAAUUGACAAAUUUGAAUAAUUUUUCAAUUUAAUUCGAUUGGCAUAAAAUCAUUUUUCUUCAAGUUUGUUGAUUCAUUUUUUGCCCAAAGUCUAAUCGUUUUUCCCGCUUAAUUGAGAUUAGAACCCAUAGAAGCUUUUCCUUUCUAGUGAAUUAUUUUUCCUCUUUGAUAUAAAAUCUGCAAACUUAUCCACUGUUUGUUUAUUAUUUUCUUUUUCAGUUUCAGGCGCCGCAACAAUUAAAUUGGUUAAAUGUGCCGCGGUGUUUUUGUUUGCCCUUUUCAAUAAUUCUCUGAAAGCAGCAGCAAAACGUUGAUAAUAUUUAAAUUCAUUUCCCUUUUACCCCCGUUGAUUUAAAAAAAAAACGUUUUGCUCGUCACUUAAAUUCACUUUUUCUGCUUUGCCUUUUCAUCUUUCUCUCUUCCCGAUCGUUAGUUAUAUUCGCCUGGUUGCUAAAAAAAUCAACAAAUCAAUAAUAAACACCGCACCCCUCCCCCGAGAAGAGUAGCGAGAAUUUUAAUCGCUUUGAACACUUUUCCAUUUUCUUAAUCAUUUGUUGAUUGAUUCUAAUUUCACUCACUUCUUACUUUGUUCACUCGCUCUCAUCUUCUGUUCCACUUUUCUUCCCUUUUUUGUAUCCUUAUCUGUUGACAUCUUCAUCCGGCUGUGAGUCCAAAACUUAACAUAGCAACCGGCGCAUUCAGGCCCAACUUCAGCAGCUGAUCUGACCCCAAAAUUGACCCCAGCUUAGAAGCUCAAUAUUGCAACCUCAAUUUCAAAUUCCAAAACCUAAUUAAAAUUUCUCGCAAACCUGUAAAAAAACACUUCACUUGCAACAAUUUUACACUUCCUUAUUUUCAGUUGAUUAUCGGUUCCUGGGUAAUAAAAGGUUGAAAAAAAAAUUAAAAGUUGCUCUAUUCUAGCCUAUCAGACAUAUCAUAGUUUGAACCUUUCAGUACCCAUAAACUUUUUGUGAAUAGUGUCCCCUUAAUACCGAUUAUUGUUCAUUUGUCGAAAGCGAAAUUUACAAACUUUCUUGAGUUCUAUUAUCUGUUGGUUCUGUGUAUUAGAGAUUUCCCUUUACUGUCGUCAAUGCUUUACCCCGCCGCUGUAGCUACGCAAUUUCAAGGAAACAGCGCUAACAACACACACAAUUUCAACCGAUUCGACUUCUUGGAACGAAAUCAUCAGAACAAAAUUAAAGGGUCGAACCACUAUAACCACAAUAGAUCGGUAAACAACUCAUUCGUAAACAAAAACUUGAGUAGUACUUACCGAAGUUCGCCAGGAGCUUCUUCGGCUCUCGAUAUCGACUGCAUGAUGACCGCUGGAGGCACGAAUAUCUCGGUCGUCACCGCGAGCAACGCGGCAACACUUCCUUACAACGCCACAUCAAUGGAUAAUGGGCCGACAGUGCCACUAGACGAACUGUCUCCGUCGUCGACAGGUGCCAAAAUGGAGUCGGGAGGUCACAACCAUCAGAGUUCGAUGGGGGGAAUGGGCGAUGAUUGCAGUGUGAUGGCGUGUGUCGAAGGGGGUUCGCCUUCUCCGCCUCAGACGUUGACCUUGAGACUUAUCAUGCAGGGAAAGGAAGUCGGAAGCAUCAUUGGGAAGAGAGGUGAUACAAUCAAGAAAUUCAGAACUGAGAGUGGAGCUAGGAUCAACAUCUCGGAUGGUCAGAGCAUAGAAAGGAUAGUGACAUUGACUGGAGCUAACGAGUGCCUGAACAAAGCUUUCGCCAUGAUAUCAUACAAGUUCGAAGAGGACAUGAGUGAGGGUCUCACUGCAGACUGUCCCAAACCCCCGGUCACACUCAGACUCAUAGUGCCCGCAUCUCAGUGUGGAUCCAUCAUCGGCAAAGGCGGCUCAAAGAUCAAGGAAAUCAGAGAGCACACUGGCUGUACGAUCCAGGUGGCAGGCGACUAUCUGCCCCAGUCGACCGAGAGAGCAGUCACUAUCUCGGGCAUGCCGGAGGCCAUCACCAACUGCAUCAUGGAGAUAUGCAAGAUCAUGGCUGAGUCCCCUCCGAAAGGACAGACUCUUCCCUACAGGCCCAAACCCAUAUCCUCCGUAGUGUCUGGCAGUCCCAUCAUAGCCAACACCCACCCCGCCCUCUCAGCCGCAGCAGCAUCGCACCCCUUCGCCGCCGCAGCAGCAGUGGCCGCCGCCGGUGGCAACCCCAACUUCGCAACUGGGGCCAUGCAUGGGGGAGUGUCGAUGGGGAAUAACUUCUUGACCUCGCCCUAUGGCAUUCACCCGGCCAGUGCAGCCGCAACCCAUUCCUCCCAGUUCAUGCCCAACACCACCCAGAGCGAGGAUAAGGAUGAGACCGAAAAUGUCUCUGAACCAAAUGCGACCGGCAGCGUAAGUGGAAUGUCAAACCAAAAUGACAUUAAUGUGUUACCAACUCCUGAUGUCGAUACUUCCACCAGUGGUCCUGGCGGACAAUUAUCAAAUUCAGUUCCGUCCGAUCACCCGACAUUCGACGGAUGUUUAAUGCUGCAAGAGAACCAAAUGGUUCCAAAUUAUGAUCAAGACAUUGCAGACUUAGCAUACAUGCAAUCGUUUGAGCUGGCAAAGAUCCAGGCAGCCCAGCUGUCGAGUUUCUACGGGUCGUUCCUCCAGCCCGCAACUAUGAUGCAGCUGGGCGCUACGCCCCUCAAUACAUUCAGUGCAGCAGGGGCGUCCCUUGGGGGAGGGGCUACUGGCCACCAGGGGGGCUCUGGCUCUCCGGGGGUGUCGUCGGCAGGAACCCAUUCCACGCAAACUACCCAAGAACUCACAAUUCCCAAUGAUGUCAUCGGUUGCGUAAUUGGUCCUCAUGGAAACAGGAUCAACGACAUCAGCGCGAAUAUUUGGAAGCGAGUAGCUUGUAAGUAGUUUGGCCGACAGCACAUAAAACCGAACAUAACGCCCCACUACAAACUAAGAAUGUUUUCCCGGUCCUAAAGCAUAUAAGAAUUUCAGAGUUCCUUCAUAUAUCCACAAAACCGAAAGUUACAAAACCUUUUUUCUCUUUUUUAUCCACUUUAACUAUUAUUCCACUUUCAGUUCACACCACUUCCAGCAGCCAUGAAUUGUCCAUGACCUUUUACACCUAUGGGAUACAGGCAGGGUCUAAUCCAUAACCUACUUCAAAACUUUCAAAGCUUUGCCAACCCCAAACUGGGUUUUGUUUGAAACAUACUAAGUGAUUUUUUAGCAAGACCAUAACUUCAGCCCACUGUAUCUGUUUUCAUUUUUAUCUGAAGCUACACUUGAUACUAAAAGAAACGAUUGUACGUGAUCAAUUAAUUUUUGUUGUAAGUUUGGUAGUUUUUUGCCGGUUUUCACUAAAAAACAACAAUUUGCAUUGCAUUUCCGAAGAAUGGAAAUCACAUGGAACAUAUUCUGUGACUAGAAAAAUAUCACAAAAAUUUCAGAUGAACUCUGAGUUCUAGUAUUUAUCAUAGUCCAAUCAAUUUUUAUAUGACUUCAUUUGGUUAUUUCUCAUGACUCUACAGCAAAAUUUUUGUUGCAAUUAUUUCAGAAGUUAUAAACUUUGAAAGUUGUGGCCUUACUAAAAAACCACGCAGUAUUUAUUAGAAUCUCGCAUCAGCGCUCGAAACUGAAAUAAAUAUGAAAAAAAAACAAGAACAGUUGAUUGCUAUGCACUUAGUGGAGAAAGAUCCGAGCUCGGUUAUCUUUGAAACUUAAUUUUAAUUUAUUUAUCGGCGCAAUGGAAGCGCUAACCGAAGUUUAAAUUAACAGUGACGGGACAUAGAAGUUGUAAAGUUUCGAUUUAAAUGAAUAAAUUUUUUCUUCAUUUUUUAUCGUUUUCUCUGCAACUAUUUAGAAAAAAAGUGGAAACCUUGAUGAAUGCUGGAUGAAAUUAGCUCUAGUUCGUUGGCGGGAUCAAAUGUUCAGAAAUUUUAUUUUGAAAGCGUAAAAUAGCUGGUGUAUCUUUACUGGUUUCAAAGGUGUCCUGGCUGUGGAAAAAUCUUCGCAAACAACGCAAAUUACUUUUUUUUGAGCAGCGGAAGAGCUUGAUUUGUUAUUUUUGCCGUGGAAAAACGACGCACAAAUUAUUGAAAGAGUUACGCGUCAAAAAAGUUAGGUAUCACAUCACAAAAUAACCCUGAAUAACGAAAUGUCAGAUAAUUAUCUUGUGAUCAUGGUUAUCUUGUGCAUAGAUUGAAGCAGCCAUGAUUUUGCAGUAAUUGCUGGAAAAGUUCUUUUGCUGGCUUUUUUCAUAAAAUCAGCGCAAAAUUUUAUAAAUUGAACAGCUUUUUUUAAGCCUGACUAAGCAACUUUUUCCGCGAAAAAGCUACCAAAAAACUAAAUUGACCCCAUAAGUUCAAAUUUAUUGUUCUGUUUGCCAAAACUUUGCCACAGUAAGGUUCUUUCCACAGCAACGACAGCUCUCAAACUAAUUCUGAUGUACCAGCUAAUUUACGACUUCAGAACAAGUUUUCUCAUAUCUUGAUCCGACCAGAGCCCUUCAAAAAAAAGUACCUAGCUUUUGUCAAGUUUUUAAACCUUUAAUCUAAAUAGUAAAUAGUUGCAGCGAAAAUGACAAAAACAUGAAAAAAAACUUUCAAUUGUUAUUUGAAAUAGAAAGAGAUUGCCACUUUUGUUUGUACCAUGACUGUUUUAUUUCUAGCUUCUUUUUCAAAGUUUGAACAAUUUUCAGCAAAAAUAAAGUAAAACGAUGUAAUUUGAUUGUCAAUUCUUCCCUUUAUUCUAGUUUUAAGUUCUCACCCAAUUUUUUUGCUUGCGAUUUUUUUAAAUUAUUUUAAAUGGUUUUGACACUAAUUUUAAAAAAUUAACAAUGGUAUAUCACCUGACCGUAUCGGGCAUUUUUUGUGCUACCUAAUUUGGAGUGGAGAAAAAGUAUAAGCAUAGAUGCCUGUAGACAAAAUUCCUUACUAAUUAUGGUUCAAGCAGUUAUAGAUUUUUCAGCACUGAUUACUACAAUGUAAACAAAAAAGGAAAUUUCACUGGAGCUGCUUUUUCAUCCCGUUUUUUAACACGUCAAAUUGAUAGCUCAAAAUUGUUUUAAAACUAUUUGACACAAAAUAAACCGUCUAAAUAUUACGUUAAUGACAAGUUUUUUUUCAUCCAUCUCGACACGAUAUUGCAUUUGGGCAUAAACGUUUGCCGAAAAUAAGCAAAAUAAAAAGCUCUUUUUUCGAAAAUUUUAUCAAGCUUUCUGCCGUGAAUGGUUUUGCGUCAAUUAUAAAUACAGUUAAAAGAUUCGGUGCUUUCAUCUCAUACGAUGUUAUUUGAAAAUGAAAUGCAAAUUUAUCAAUCAAAGUUUUUCAAAACUUCUGAG